AUGGAGAGAAUGCCUCAGGGGCUCGCGGGACCGAGGGGACUUUGGGAGACUCGGGAAGGGCCCCGCGCGUGGUCGCCUCUGCACCUGCAGCAGGUGGACAGACCGAGCGCAGACACUUGGGGUCCUGCGGGUGUCCGGGAGCGCGGUGCUUCCCGCUGUCCCCGCGGGCCACGCCGUGUGCCCCGGCAGGCCUGGGCGGAGCGCUGCGCUCGGCUCGCAGCCCGCGGGUUUCGUAAUCGCGUCGCCGGCGUUUCCGCCCUCGGCCGGCCCCACCUCUGCCGGCCCGCCCUCGAGUCCCCGCCGUGCCGAGCAGCAGCCCCGGAACCCGGAGUGGCGGAGCCCCCGCCCGCAGCGGCCACCGCCUGGACGCCGGGGAGCCGCAGACAAAACGAAGUGGUACUAAGCCAGACCGAGGCAGCCACGGAGAAUCGUGACAGAGCCAGAACGAUCCACCGAGGUUCCCAUCCUACUUCGGGCCCCUCAGCAGCCCGCGGUGUCUGGAGGGUCUCCACACAGGGACCAGCUGCAUCGCUGGGCUUACAGCCAGAUUUUGCCCACACCAUUCUCAAGUCGCUUUUCUCUCCAGCUGCUUCUUGUGAAGGCUUGUCAGACAGCGGGUUGGAGGCCUUGGGGCUGAGGCAGCGGGACUGGGAAAACCGGUUUGGGGCUACCACAGGACCGGGGAACUACCUGUGUACAUCCUUCCUUCCCCGGUUCCUUUUCCCUACUCCUCUCCAGCUUAAGAAGAGGAGAAGACGGAUUGACCGCACCAUGAUCGGGGAACCAAUGAAUUUUGUCCACUUGACUCACAUCGGCUCAGGAGAGAUGGGGGCUGGAGAUGGACUUGCCAUGGGCUAG